AUGUUCUCAUUAUUAAUCAACGCUUCGAUUGUCGGGCUUGGAUUGCUUUUGGCAACAGUGAAAGGAGAUAGCCCUGAUAUCUCGGGCGUUUCAAUUGCCAGUUCCUCACACGGCGGCUCUGCUUGUCCGCAAGGAUCUACUGAUUUCUCGAUUUCAGUUGAUGCGAAAAGUAUAACGAUAAAAUACACAGCUUUCGAGCUGGGGUCCGCAAACAGUGGUUAUGCUCGUAAAAAUUGCCAAGUCAACCUCGAUAUCCGAUAUCCCAAAAAUCUCCAAUUCGCGGUCACUGAUGCCACAUUCUACGAUGAAGUGGAUAUUGGCGCAGGAGCGGACGCACGUCACAAUGCUGUAUAUUACUUCUCUGGCAGCACCGCUCAAAACAAUGUCAUACACACGUACGUGGGUCCACUCGAUGGUGACUACACCUACAGAGAGAGCAUUCCGGCCGGCUCCCAAAUCUGGUCGCCAUGCGGUGCUCCUCUACCACUUAAUAUAAACACUGGGGUGGGAAUGAGAAAAGCCACUAGUGCCGAUACUUAUGUGAAUGUCAAAACUGUUGUUACCGGUAUUCAAUGGAGAAACUGUUAA